UCCAUGGAAUAAAUUAUUGGUUAAACUUGGCACCAUGUUGAAAUCUCUUAAUGUCUCCCUCAUUAUGAUAGAGCCUUCUUUGAUAUUCUGCAUGCUGUCGCCAACCAACAAGCUUCUUGCAUUGAAGAAUGGCUUUGUACCAAGCAAGGUGGAAGGAUUUAACGACGUUAUCUCUUUAGCAGUGUUAGAGGAUGAUUUUAAAAUAUUAGAAAAGGAAGAAACUAUCGAAAAAUUACUAUCAUCUGGAUUCCAGAUCUUUCGAACGCGCAAAUGGAGUAACACGAGCGAGAAAUCAUCGGAUCACUUCAAUUUCAAAAGUGAUUCGUUGGAUCCUUUUUAUACAUCCCAUUACUUGAUUUACCAGUAUCAUCUGAUAUUCCACAUAAUCAUUUUAUAUAGACGAGGAACAUUUUUGUGGCAUGCUGGUCUCUUUAAGGAUGACUUGGGAUUUAAAGAUUUGCUUUUUGUGCAAGCAGGAGCUUAUGAAAAUUUUACAGCUGUGCCACUUAAAUCGGAUCAAGAGCUGGGAAUCUACCUUCCAUCAGAUCCUUUUCAGUUUCUGCUUCAGCUUCAAAACGCAGAGUUUCGCGAAUGUUUACCUCAUUUCUUGAACCUAUUUCCUCUCAGCUCAGCUCCUAUCCAUCCUUUGCUAACAGAUGAGCAAUUACAAUUAAGAGUUCUUAUAAUUAUACAAGAACUGAAGACCAGACUAUGGCCGUAUAAUGUCUCCUUUUGGAUUUGGUCAAAAACACUAUUAGGCUGGUACUAUAAAUGCAAUAUCUUUGAAUAUACAAAACGUUUGCAUCUGGCAUUCCCAUCUGACAUCAACACAGCGAAUUUGAUUCCGAUAUUCAGUAACAACGAAUACUGGACUUUGGACGAAAUCAUCGAACUGGAUGGUCAGUAUUUGGAGCUUAGAUUGGACUGCCACAGUUUAAAAAUUCAUGUUUAUAUCAUACAUAAAGAAGAUAAUAAUAUUUGGUAUCAAAUCAAUGAUCAAGGUCAGAACAAAGCUAUCAGAUACAUGUCUCCAAAGUGUGACCUUUGCUCUACGGAUUUAUAUGGCCAAAAAAUUCAUGUUCCGUGUGAACCAAAAGGAAUUUUGGAUGCAGAGCUCGUAAGCAAUGGCACUUCCUUGACUACAUCAGAAUAGAUUUAUCUUCAUCCAGACCAGUCUGGAUUUGCAGCAUAAAAUUAUGCAAAUUAUGAACAGCUUCAAAUAAAUUCAGCCACGGUGAACAAAAUGAAAUCAAUAUCAAGUGAACUUCCAAACAGUGUCAUGUGAAUACUUUCUCCCGAUUCUAGUUCACACAGCCUGUAAUAGUAACAUACCAGAAUAAAUAUAACUAUUGAA